CCCAGCACACUUGAGAUGUAUCUGAGCAGUGAGGCUCCCUGCACGCACAGCUCCUAGAAAUCGUUGCCUGCCUCGCCGAGUCUUGGACCCCUGCUUCGUUCCGUGCACAGGAUGGACCUGCUCUGGGAAUGAAUCUGGUUGCUGUGGUGGAGAAGGCUGUUCUCUGUAGUGCCCCUGCCUCACUUCCAGCAGCGAUCGGGCCGUGCAAGGGAGGCAGAGGCCGUUCUGAUGCUCUGCGCAGCUGGGGAACAAGAUUUUCUUCCUGGCUGUGCCACAGACUUCCUAGGUGAUGCUCGUUGCUGAUAUGUGUUCAAGAUGAGUGGGAUGGGAGAAAAUACCUCUGACCCAUCCAGGGCAGAGUCAAGAAAGCGCAAGGAUCCCGAUCAGCUUGGACCCAGCCCUAAAAGAAGCACUGAAAAACGCAAUCGUGAGCAAGAGAAUAAAUACAUAGAGGAACUCGCAGAGCUGAUUUUUGCAAAUUUUAAUGAUAUUGACAACUUCAACUUUAAACCUGACAAAUGUGCAAUCUUGAAAGAAACUGUGAAGCAAAUUCGUCAGAUAAAAGAACAAGAAAAAGCAGCAGCAGCUAACGAAGAUGAAGUGCAAAAAGCGGAUGUAUCGUCUACGGGUCAGAGUGUCAUCGACAAGGAUGCGCUUGGACCAAUGAUGCUUGAGGCCCUGGAUGGGUUCUUCUUCGUAGUGAACCCAGAAGGUAACGUUGUGUUUGUUUCUGAGAAUGUGACACAGUACCUGAGGUACAACCAAGAAGAGCUGAUGAACACAAGCAUAUAUAGCAUCCUGCACGUAGGGGACCACAAUGAAUUUGUCAAAAUCCUGCUGCCAAAAUCUUUAGUGAACGGAGGAUCUUGGUCUGGGGACACUCCUCGGCGUAACAGCCAUACCUUUAACUGUCGGAUGCUGGUGAAACCUCUGGCUGAUUCUGAGGAAGGCCAUGAUAACCAGGAAGCACAUCAGAAAUACGAAACUAUGCAGUGCUUUGCUGUUUCUCAACCAAAUUCCUUCAAGGAGGACGGUGAAGAUUUGCAGUCUUGCUUGAUUUGUGUUGCAAGAAGAGCUCCAAUGAAGGAAAGACCUCUCCUUCCUUCAUCAGAGAGCUUUACUACUCGCCAGGAUCUACAAGGCAAAAUAACUUCACUGGACACGAGCACCAUGCGAGCAGCUAUGAAACCUGGCUGGGAGGAUUUGGUGAGAAGGUGCAUUCAGAGGUUCCAUUCGCAGCACGAGGGAGAAAUAUCUUUUGCCAAGAGGCACCACCAGGAAGUGCUGAGGCAGGGACUGGCAUUCAGUCCUGUUUAUCGGUUUUCCUUGUCUGACGGCACCAUCGUUUCGGCCCAAACGAAGAGCAAGCUCAUCCGUUCCCAGACGACCAGCGAACCUCAGCUUGUCAUCUCCUUGCAUAUGCUUCACAGAGAGCAGAACGUCUGCGGAAUGAAUCAGGAUUUGACUGGACAAGGGAUGGGGAAGAUCCUGAACCCGAUCAGCUCCAGCAGCCCUGCCCAUCAGGCCAUGUGCAGUGGGAACCCAGGUCAGGAUAUGACCAUCAGUAGCAAUAUAAAUUUUGCCAUAAAUGGCCCAAAGGAACAAAUGGGCAUGCCAGCAGGCAGGUUCGGUGGUUCAGGGGGAAUGAACCAUGUCUCGAGCAUCCAAGCAUCCACUCCUCAGGGUAGUAACUAUGCACUAAAAAUGAAUAGCCCCUCACAAAGCAGCCCCGGCAUGAACCCGGGGCAGCCAAACUCUAUGCUUUCCCCGAGGCAUCGUGUGAGCCCUGGAGUGGCAGGAAGCCCUCGCAUCCCACCCAGCCAGUUCUCCCCUGCAGGAAGCUUGCAUUCGCCCGUGGGAGUCUGCAGCAGCACAGGAAAUAGCCAUAACUACACCAACAGUUCCCUGAACGCCCUUCAGGCCCUCAGCGAGGGCCACGGCGUUUCUCUAGGAUCGUCGUUGGCUUCACCUGACCUAAAAAUGGGAAAUUUGCAAAAUUCCCCUGUGAAUAUGAAUCCUCCCCAGCUGAGCAAGAUGGGAAGCCUGGACUCUAAAGACUGCUUUGGACUCUACGGGGAGCAAUCGGAAGGUACAACUGGACAAGCAGAGGGCAGCUGCCAUUCAGGAGAACAGAAAGACAACAGCGAGAGCAACCUGCCACCGGUCGUCAGCGGCGAGAGGCCCGAUGGACAGAAUAAACUGCACGAUGGAAAAAGCCAGACAAAGCUAUUACAGUUGCUGACCACCAAAUCGGAUCAGAUGGAGCCUUCGCCUUUGUCCAGUACUUUGGGAGACGUUAGCAAGGACUCCGCGGGAGGGUUGCCUGGGUCUGGUUCAGCACACGGAACCUCGCUCAAGGAGAAGCAUAAAAUUUUGCACAGACUAUUGCAGGACAGUAGUUCUCCUGUAGAUUUGGCCAAGCUCACGGCCGAGGCCACAGGCAAAGAACUGAACCAGGAGUCCAGUAGCACAGCUCCCGGUUCAGAGGUGACUGUUAAACAGGAGCCAGCGAGUCCUAAGAAGAAUAAUAAUGCACUACUUCGCUACUUGCUAGAUAAAGAUGAUACUAAAGAUAUUGGUUUACCAGACAUACCCCCAAAACUGGAGCGGUUGGACAGUAAGACAGACCCUUCCGGUAGCACAAAGUUGAUAGCUAUGAGGCCAGAAAAAGAAGAGAUAAGCUUUGAGCCUAACGAACAGCCAGGCAGUGAAUUGGACAACUUGGAGGAGAUUCUGGAUGACCUGCAGAACAGCCAGUUACCGCAGCUUUUCCCAGAUAACCGCCCAGGCGCCCCAACCGGCUCGGUGGACAAGCAAGCCAUCAUCAAUGACCUCAUGCAGCUCACCAGUGAGAGCAGCCCCGGCACGGCCGUGGCCACCCAGAAACCAGCAAUGAGGAUUUCACAGAGCACUUUUAAUAACCCACGAGGAGCAGGGCAACUGGGCAGGUUGUUACCAAACCAGAAUUUACCACUUGACAUCCCGCUGCAGAACCCCCCGGGCGCGGGCUCGUUCCCCCCCAUAAGAACGAGCAGCCCCUAUUCCGUGAUACCUCAGCCGGGACUGAUGGGCAGGAACGAGGGGAUGAUCGGAAGCCAAGGAACUUUAGGCAACAGCAGCACAGGAAUGAUGGGUGGCACUGCCCCUCGCCCUGCCAUGACGUCUGGGGACUGGGGAGGCCAGGCUGCUGCCGUCAGGGUGACCUGUGCCCCCACGGCCGGCGCCAUGAACAGGCCGGUGCAAACCGGGAUGAUCCGCAACCCCACGGCCAGCAUCCCCCUGAGACCCAGCAGCCAGCCCGGGCCCAGGCAGAUGCUGCCCUCUCAGGUCAUGAACAUGGGGCCAUCCGAAUUGGAGAUGAACAUGGGAGGACCUCAGUACAGCCAGCAGCAGGCCCCUCCCAACCAGACUGCACCGUGGCCAGACAGCAUCUUGCCCAUAGAUCAGGCAACUUUUGGAAAUCAAAACAGGCAACCCUUUGGCAGCUCACCCGAUGAUCUCUUGUGUAACCAUCCCUCGUCGGAGUCACCGAGCGAUGAGGGUGCUCUCCUGGAUCAGCUUUACAUGGCCCUAAGGAAUUUUGAUGGUUUAGAAGAAAUCGACAGGGCUCUAGGAAUACCAGAGCUUGUGAGCCAGAGCCAAGCUGUGGACCCCGAGACCUUCCCCAGCCAGGAGUCGGGCAUCCUGAUGGAGCAGAAGGCGCCGGUGUUCUCCCAGCAGUACGGGGCGCAGGCCCCCAUGGGGCAGGGGGGCUAUGCCCCCAUGCAGGACCCCAGCUUCCACCCCAUGGGGCAGCGCCCGGGCUACGCCGCCCUUCGCAUGCAGCCGCGGCCGGGCCUGCGACCAACGGGCAUCGUGCAGAACCAGCCCAACCAGCUGCGGCUCCAGCUGCAGCACAGGCUCCAGGCACAGCAGAAUCGGCAGCCACUGAUAAAUCAGAUCAGCAGUGUCUCCAAUAUGAAUCUGUCUUUGAGACCUGGAGUGCCAACGCAGGGCCCCAUCAACGCCCAGAUGCUGGCACAGAGGCAGCGGGAGAUCCUGAGCCAGCACCUGCGGCAGCGGCAGAUGCAGCAGCAGCAGCAGCAGCAGGUCCAGCAGCGCACGCUGAUGAUGCGAGGGCAGGGCUUGAGCAUGACCCCCAGCAUGGUGGCCACCGGUGGCAUUCCAGCCACCAUGAGCAACCCCCGCAUCCCCCAGGCGAACGCCCAGCAGUUCCCGUUUCCUCCAAACUACGGUAUCAGUCAGCAGCCCGAUCCAGGCUUCACAGGGGCCACCACUCCUCAGAGCCCACUGAUGUCCCCACGACUGGCUCACACUCAAAGCCCCAUGAUUCAGCAGUCUCAGGCUAAUCCUGCCUAUCAGUCCUCGACGGAGAUGAACGGGUGGGCACAAGGGAAUAUGGCUGGAAACAGCAUGUUUUCACAACAGUCCCCACCACAUUUUGGGCAGCAAGCAAGCACCAGCAUGUACAAUAAUAACAUGAACAUCAGUGUAUCCAUGGCAACCAACACAAGUGGUAUGAACAACAUGAACCAGAUGACAGGGCAGAUCAGCAUGACCUCAGCGACCUCUGUGCCUACAUCAGGGUUGUCCUCCAUGGGUCCUGAGCAGGUUAAUGAUCCUGCUAUGAGGGGAGGCAAUCUUUUUCCAAACCAGCUGCCUGGAAUGGAUAUGAUAAAGCAGGACGGAGAUGCAACACGGAAAUAUUGCUGACCCUGCCGGGUGGUUCGGUUGCUCCUUUCUUCAGCUGACCGGGCUUUAAAACGGCCCCAAAUCCUUCCCGGUUUGAAGAGCUGCGUCUUGUUUGGCCUGACCCAGCUGAGCUGCCGCCGGUGGCUACCUGCUGCCGAUGGUGGCUACCUGCUGCCGCCGGUGGCUACCUGCUGCCGCCGGGACUCAGCCCGGCCUUCCUGCCCCAAAGGGGAGCCGGGGGCUGCCGUUGUUUGCCCGAAGAGCGGCCUCUUCUUUGACAGUCUGAAGCCUCGCCUACAGACAGUCGCUCAGUCUGUUCACUGCAUUCACCUUAGUGCAACUUAGAUCUCUCCUUGCGAAGUAAAUGUUGACAGGCAAUUUUCAUAAAACCAUGUCAGAUUGAAUGUAUUUAAAUGUAUGUAUUUAAGGAAAAGAGAAAACAAAAAAAACAAAACAACCACCGUCGCUCUCGUUCUGUUUCCGUUUGUAGUUCUAGACCUUGGGGUUUUGGUUUUUUUGGGUUGGUUUUUUUUUGUUGUUUUUUUUUUUUUUUUCCUGCUUUUAUUUCCCUGGCUUAUUCAGUUCUGGUGCAAAGGAUUCAGUUCCGUCUGAAAACCGGCGUUUUAGACUGAAGGCCUGCAUUUUGGGGCGGAGAGAAGGCGUGGAAGAGGGUGUAGAAGCAACGCCUGGUCCCUAGAGAGACCUCCAAGGAGCACGUUCCGCUGAGGAGUCAGAGGAGAUGAAACCGAUGCAGAAAACGACACAGACCAAUUCCGAACGGGGUUAAAGUUGUAAAAACGGCUGAAAACCCCCCAACCUGGUGAGAGGGCUGUUUGUAAAGGGGGCGUUUCGGUUGGCUUUGGUGGUGAUGUUGAUAAUGCAAGUCAUGAAUCCAAAAAUACACGUUGGUGACAUUCUUAUUUAAUUAAAUUCCUAACAAUCAGCGAAUCCUGAUUUUUAUUUUUAUUUUUAUUAUUUUCACCUGGCUCUCCUGACCUCUGGCAUCUUUCUCUUCUUUCUAAUAGAAUUUAAAAAAAAAAAAAAGAAAAAAAAAAAAAAAAAAAGCAAGUUACCCCUUUAUUUCUCUCGGUGUGUUUCCAGCAAUCUGGACAGCCCAACGGCAAAGUUGGAUGGUAAUGGCAUGUACUGGUUUUGGUAGUGGCAGAAUUGGUGCAUAAUAUCAAAGAGCUCGAAAAAAAACCUGCUGUUUUAAAGCAUGAGCAUUUCUGGUUUCCAUCCCCUUGGCUGGGAAAAAUACCAAUUGCUCUAAUCCCUGUAGCAGAUUUCACUACAGACUUCACCACUAUCGUGUGUUUCGGAUUAUUUUGAAGCAGUGUGGACUACGAGGACGUUUUUGUAAGGUACAUAAAACCCAGUUUCUAUGUAAACAAGCAAUAAUUUAAGUUGAGAACUUAAGUGUUUUACUUGUAUAAUUUUUGUGAGAUAUACAUGUUGUGAAGUUGAUUCCAAAUGAGGUACUUCAGUAUUAAAUUAGAUAUCUUCUUAGCCGUGUGUGUCUCCUGGGAAAGUGUUUUGUAAAGGAUCACAAUGCCUUGAUUAGACCUAAUUUGUAGGCUUGAGACUUCUCAUUUUCUAAACCUUGUGAUUCUGCUCAUAAUGUCAUUGAACUAACCUAGAUUAUAUGCAGCCACUGUAGGAACCAAUUCUUGAUUUUUGUAUCUUUAUAUCCUUUCGUAACAAAUCUUAGAAAAAAACUUAACUCUUACUAAGCAGGCCACUGUUUGGGGGUAUUUUUGUUUUCUUGCCCACUGCGGUUGGAAUAAUCUUUUACUAAACUGACAUCGGUUUCUGAGGACUUGAAAUAUUAAGAGAUGGAUGGGUUUGACCUCUUGUUUUCUUUCCGCUGUCUUUCUAACCCAAACUCAAAUUUAUUGAUGUCGUGGUGCAUUUUAUAACAUCUCAUCAGCCAGGCUUUGGGGGGCGAAAGGUUUAUUCUGUUACCAUUUAAUUUUCUGGAGGGAAUUCAAAUCAAGUAGCAUCUGUUCUGUAUGAAGGCUGAGGAAGAUACGAUACAGGUGGUUAGAAACAGGCUGUCUCUGUAGCUGGCUUUCGAUGAAAUGCACAGUUGAGUUUGUCCCCAAGGGAGGGUGGUGACACCGUUCUGGAGAAACAACAUUUUUCCAACUGUCACCCUUUGGCUCCCAAACUGAGACGGAAUAUUCCGGGGGCUGAGCCAUCCUCUUACCUGCUGGUGGAAAACCAAAAUAGCCAUCAGCCCCGAGCUCCACAGCCUGGUGGCUACGACCCCAUUCGUCUUGAACUUGCAUUAUAUAUCUGACAAAAAUGAAAUUAUUUGUACAAGGAAUGCAUAAAUUUGAAGGAAUUUAUGCACCGCUCAUGUAAAAUGAGUUUCGAAAUUAAUUUUGUUCCUAUUCCAUUAUUUUUUCUGAUGGUUAACCGUAACCUCCGCAGACAGAUUAUUCUUGGUCACAGUGGACAAAAUACUUUAAAUUUGUCCCGUUCCGUGACAGACCUGCAAACAACCCUUAUCAUCUCUGGUCAUUACAAUGAUAUUUCUUUCAUCCCUUGCCAUUUGGACAGAAAAGGAGAUUGUACCUAUCACUUUGGCUCCGCUUGGGUUUAUCGUGAACUUUAGUCGUCUUCUAAUUAAGGAAAGAGAAAAGUGAGUGAAGGAAUCUUCUGAUCAUAUUGAUCACUAUAGAAACAAACAAACAAACAACAAAAACAACAAAAAAAAGCCAAAUCGAUUCCCUUCAUUAUCAGUAUUUUUCAUCCUGUAUACGGUAAAUUUGUCGGCGAAAAGUACUUGGGUUUUGUUUAACAGAACAAUGAAUCAGUGUUCGACUUAACAUUACUAAAUGUGAAAAAAGGCGCAUAAUGUGAAAAAAAAAUAAGCGUUCUCUACGCGGUCGCGCGACCUCUGUAAGUGUUCAUGUCAUGUGGUAAGGUUAAAAAAGUGAAGUGAGCUGUUUUUUUGCUAUGAUGAAUUAAUUUGUACUCGGAUCUUUAAAAUCUCGUCCCACACCGGUAUCCCUUCGGGCCUGGAUUCAUGAAAAGCAAUGUUUUUGCAGUUUAUACGAUGCAUUUUUUUAAUCUUUGUUUAAAAAUGCGGAAUUCCUAUGGGCUUAACAGAUGAAAUGGGUGGCACAGCUCCACUUGCAGAACCCAAAGAUACACAAUCAGUUUUGAAAUGCAACUUAAGCCAUUAAUUGUUGGUGUGAAUUUAAAAGUUUUCUAGUAUUUGUAUGGUAGUAUGCUGCCUAAGAGCAAAAGCAUUCUCUGCACAAAAGAAAAUUUACUGUAGUGGCUUUGAUUUUAAUUAGACUUUUCUCCCUGGUGUUUCUUUGUAGACUAAAACAAAAAAAAAAAAAAUCUUUUAAGUUUCUUACUACAGGUAAAAGCUAUGUGCAAGAACCUCAAAAUGCUAAAAUCUAGCAUAAUGCCUUAGAUCUGUUUUUAAGUCUUGUAUAUUCCUACAUAGCUGUCUGAUGUAUUAUAUUUGUAUAGUGAAUUGUGUACAAUUUUGGAAUAAGUGCGUCAUCACUUAAUCUUUAUGUUGUUCAAUAGAGAUGAUGGACACGUUUCUUCAAACAUUUACUGUCAUUUAAUUUUUUUUUUUUUCCCUUUUAUGUCAUUUGUGGGUUUUAUUUGUACAGUUCAUCAUGAAGUUGCAUCUGAGAUGUGUGUAUAUGAAAAAGAUUAUUACAAGGGUAAAAUUAAGCAAUAUAUAAACUAUGGUUCUUCAGGAGAAAGCUUACAGUGUUUCAGGUUGUGAUUUAUUUUCAAAAUGGAGUUGACUCUGAACAUCACUUUGUUCACCUGCAUCGAUGUUUGUAUUUCUAGUGUGAGCAGUUUAUGCAAAGGUAGAUAUAUUCAGAGAAAAAUUUUAAAUACAUUUAUGCAAGUUAAUAUUGCUUUGCCGAUGCUAUUUGCUUAUUUGAUGUUAAAUAAUGCUAUUGUAAAUAAAGAAUUCUGUUGUUAUUGCAUCAUUUAAUAAAUUUUAAUGCCUUCGGGUUUUACAUGGCUUUAGAGAUUUCAA